AUGCAAGCAACUGUUGAGUCUCCUCCAAUCAAUACUUCUCCUGGAACAUCUAGCAGAAGCUCUUUGCCACUGGAUUCGGAACUGUUAACGUCACUGAGCGAUUACUGGAAGACGAUUUCUGAGCAAUCAUUUGCAACAAGUUCCAAUCGGCUAUUUUCAUUUGCCGAAACGACGAAUUCUGGAGUUCCAGUCGGUUCAACAGCGACGGUAGUGCCACCAGAUGCGGUCUUUUUUCUUAGUACCAUUCCACAAAAAAAUCGAACAAUUCAGGAGUCGUUUAAUGGCAACACAAUUGUUCAAACUGUCAGUUCCGAUGUCACUGCUAAUUCUGAUAUCAGUGUAAAGGAAAAAGCUAGUUUUUCUGCUCAUACAUCUGCAACUACGGUAGAUACAUCAGAAAACAGAGAUAUUGUUACUGAGGUAUCAACUACCGAAAUUUUACUGCCAGAAAUUUCUACAGAGCAAACAUCUGCUUUUUCUUCGCCGAUUACCGAACAUUCCAUGUUUACGAAUCCAGAAACAAUCCAGUUUUCUGCAGGUACGACAACCACCACGAUUGCGGCAGCUGGAUCAGCUAGUACGAACAGUGUGAAGACUGAACUGCUCGAAGAUGUAAGUGCAACAACUGAAACUCCCGCUUUCGGCAUAUUGGUGACCGAAAAUUCUGUUAUUAAAGGUGAAACAGCUGGCACCACUCAAACCGCAACUACCAGCCAGUUUCUAGACAAUAUAGUGGCGCCGGCUAUAUUUAAUGUGACGAUCCCGACAACAAUGCUGGAUGUUGAAACCCGGGCAUUUAUCAAUCGAACAAGCAAUGAUUACAGUUACUUGCUUCUGGAUGAAGCCAGCUACAGCGAUCAAAACGAU